CCUUUACACCUUCAACAAAGAGACCUGGUCUUUAAUACUAUACCCUAGCUAAACUAAACCACUCAAUCCAUCAACAUAAUCUCUAACCGCUCACAAUGGCCAACACAGUCGGUUGCUGCGAAAUCAUCAUCGCUUUCUUCCUCCCCUUCGUCGGUGUCUUCAUGCGCACAGGCUGCAGCUGCGAUCUGCUCAUCAACAUCUGUCUCUGCAUCCUGGGUUGGCUGCCUGGUGUCAUCCACGCCUACUACAUUCUGGCUAACAAAUAGAUCAUCGCGCUAUUGAUUCAUUCUUCAUGCGUCGGUCGGGACAUUCGUACAAUUUUUGGGGACACGGGCGCAACUUCGGCGUAUACCAUCUUAACCGUAAUGAUUGAGGGUCGCGGAUGUGUGAUAUUUUGUAUAAUACUGAGCAGUAAUGAUUAUGAGACUUUGAAUGUGCG